CACCGACAACACUGUGGGGACAUCAGAAAGUCGAAUCGUGUUCAGUUUUUUGUUGGAGCUACCGACGAGGUCAGUUGGAAAGCAUCUUCAUUUUCGCUUGAACCUCAUCAAAUCGUUCGGAGUACGACCGGCGAACACGGACUCCCAAAAUGCAGCCGUGCGGGCGUCUACUCAGCGCGGCAUUGCGGUGCCCGACGCCGCGCAGCCGUGCCCUCGGUACCUCGACUUCGCUGCGCAGUGAUGCCCUCUUUGUGCAUCGAGACACCGACCAAAACAACGCGAACGUCAAGUUCGAGUUCACGCCGGAGAACCUGAAACGCGCCGAGUCCCUGACGAGCAUCUACCCGGACGGGCACCGCGCCGCGGCCGUGAUUCCUUUGCUUGACCUGGCGCAACGGCAGCACGGCUGGCUGCCACUGACCGCGAUGCACUACGUUGCUGACUACCUGGGCAUGCCGCGCAUGAGGGUUUACGAAGUGGCCACGUUCUACACCAUGUUCCAGCGGAACCCCGUGGGGAAGUACCACGUCCAGGUGUGCACCACGACCCCGUGCAUGCUGCGCGGAGCCGAGGACAUCCAGGCCGUGAUCGAGAAGAAGUUGGGCAUUGGACCGGGCGAGACGUCGAAGGAUGGUCUCUUUACGCUCAGCGUCGUCGAGUGCCUAGGCGCCUGCGUGAACGCGCCCAUGGUUCAGGUGAAUGACGACUACUACGAAGACCUGGAGGCAAAGGACGUGGAAGAGAUCCUGGAUUCGCUGAAGCAGGGGAAGCGCCCCAAGCCGGGUCCCCGCAACGGCCGCCUGUCGUGCGAGCCCAAGGGGGGCCUCACCUCCCUCACAAGCCCCCCCAAGGGACCGGGAUUCAAGCUGCGGCCGGACCUCUGAGCCCCUUUAGGCAUUCCUAGGAUCCUCCAAUAAAGCGAAUAAAGAGCUCUUCUUCCCUAUAAUUAUAAUGCAAUUAAAUGAAUUAAAUUAAAUUUUCGUCUUCAUCCCCUCC